AUGACGUACGUGCGAAAUUAUGGAACUCCGGAUUUAUUUAUUACGGUCACAUGCAAUCCGAAGUGGACGGAAAUUGAACGCGAGUUGGAACCGGGUCAAAAACCGCAAGAUCGCCAUGACAUAAUCGCCAGAGUAUUUCAGCAAAAACUCAAGGUUAUGAUGGAUGUGCUUACUAAGUAUCGAGUUUUUGGUGACACACGUUGUUAUAUGUACUCGGUGGAAUGGCAGAAGCGUGGACUACCGCAUGCUCAUAUCCUAAUUUGGUUGCUGAACAAAUUACAUUCAAAUGAAGUGGAUGACAUCAUAUCAGCUGAAAUUCCUGAUCCAGUCACUGAUCCCCGUCUACACGACAUUGUGACGACACAGAUGGUGCAUGGACCGUGCGGUGCAUUAAAUCCAUUAUCGCCUUGCAUGGCUGAUGGAAAGUGCACAAAACGAUAUCCGCGACCGUUAGUUGCUGAAACAGUCACAGGGAACGAUGGAUAUCCAGUUUAUCGUCGGCGUUCAAAAGAAGAUAACGGUCGAACUAUCAAAGUUAAAGUUCAAAAUCAAGAGAUUGAGAUCGGAAAUGAAUUCAUUGUACCAUAUUGCCCGCUGCUAUCACGAAUUUUCGAAACACAUGCAAACGUUGAGAGUUGUCAUUCGGCCAAAUCAAUCAAUAUUUGUGCAAGUACGUCACAAAAGGCAGCGACAUGGCUGUGUUUGGUAUUGCGUCGGACAAUGUGA